AUGGCCAAACGUACAUUCAAGUGCUUUGUUGAACAAGAACUCGGACGGUUUGCUCACUUCUUGAUCUAUGCUGUGCUCGAAUGGCUGCUGAUCAUUCUACUUUUCAUUGAUGGGUUGCUGGCGUUUCUCGCGAAUGAGUUCGCCAAGUUCUUCGAAUUGCGAAUCCCAUGCUUGCUCUGUACGAGGAUCGAUCACGUCCUCGUUCGUAAGAGUCGAGAUUUCUACUACAAUGAAUCCAUAUGCGAGUCCCACAAGAAGAAUGUUUCGUCUCUGGCAUAUUGUCAUGUUCACAAAAAGCUCUCUGACAUAAGACAAAUGUGCGAAGCUUGUCUGCUGUCAUUCGCAACAGAGAAGGAAUCGGAUUGCGAUACAUACAAGUCCCUUGUGGGGAUUCUUCAUAAGGACAUUGAGUUGUUUGUUGAUGAUGAUCAUGAAGUUCAUUUGUCGUUGCCCGCCGGAAGGAAAGACGAUGCCCAAGUUGAGAAGAGUAGCAUUCACAAAUGUUCUUGUUGUGGAGAGCCAUUGAAGGUUAAAUCAUCUUAUCCCAAGGGGAAAAAUGGUGGAAUGGUUUCACAUGCUCCUGCUCCUUCUCGACGAGCAUCGUUUUCGGCUAGAAAUGAUUUGGAUUUGCCACACAUUCGAUAUACAGAGCUUAAGUUUAUGCCUGACAAUCAAUCAGAAGUUGUAGGGGAUGAGAUUAUUGCCACAAACGCCGACGUAAGAUCUGCUGUUGUGCCAUUGCUGAAGGAUGAGGAUGUGAAUCAAGACAAGACCCCAAAUUUUGGCAGAGGAAACCGAUUUUUCGGAAUCCCAUUAUCAGAUUCUGCUACAAACAGCCCUAGGUGGGGAACCAGGCUACAAAGGAGAUCAUUGCUCGAAAAGACUAGCGAGUUGUCUGCAGAACCGGUUGAAGGAGAUGGGGAAUCGAUCCUGCAUCAUUUGAAGAGACAGGUUAAGUUGGAUCGCAAGUCGCUGAUGGAUUUAUACAUGGAACUGGAUGAAGAAAGAAGUGCUUCCGCGGUUGCAGCUAACAAUGCCAUGGCGAUGAUCACCCGGCUGCAGGCAGAGAAGGCAGCAGUUCAGAUGGAGGCAUUACAGUAUCAAAGAAUGAUGGAGGAGCAGGCAGAGUACGACGAAGAAGCCCUACAAGCGACGAAAGAUUUGCUCGCAAAGAGAGAUGAAGAUAUUAAGGUUCUAGAGGCUGAAGUUGAUGCUUAUAGACUGAAAUUCGGAGAUUUGAGAGAAGAUAACUCUGAUGAAGACUAUCAAGCCUACUCAUCUUAUGGUGGAAGAUCAGUAUGUUGUAGUCCAACUUCCAUUGCCUCUGAGGGGGAGAAUAACAAGGAAGAUGAUGCGCCAUUGCAUGAGGAAACCGGAUGUGAAAACCUUGUCGGAUCACAGAAUGUUCAAGCAACAACUCGUCGUAAAGUUCUGCUCAAGCAUACUCACAUUUCAUCACAUAACAUGGAAGUAGAAACUCAAAAAGAUUAGUGAAAGUGAAAAACCAGUAGCAGAGGCUACUGGUUCAUGAUUCUCAUCCCAAUAAUGGGGGUUUGAUAGAGUAGUGGGACACCCAUUGUUCAGUAAUUUGUUUUGUAAA